UUCGCAAUAAUGGACGACCACGGUGCCUACUACUGCUACUGGUACUGCCUCGCAGCUGUUCUUCCGCUUGUAUACUUUCUCCUUAAUCUUAAGCCGUUGUGGAAGAGACCUGCUGCUUCCAAUUCCAUCGCACUUGGGCUCCCUCCAGGUCCAUGGAAGCUCCCUGUGAUCGGCAGCAUUCACCAUCUGCUGGUCCGCGGCUCCCACGUACACCACACUUUGCGGGACCUGUCGCUCCUCCACGGCCCUCUCAUGUUCCUCAAGCUCGGCCAGAUCCCCGUCGUCGUAGCGUCCACACCGGCUGCCGCGAAGGAGUUGAUGAAGACCCACGACGCCAUCUUCUCGGCAAGGCCAAUAAGCACCGCCAUGGAGAUCAUCUACAAAGAUGGCCGGGGCCUAGUUUUCACCCCCAACGACCAGCAUUGGCGGCAGCUCCGCAAGAUCUGCGUGGUGGAGCUGCUCAGCGCCAAGCGUGUGCUGUCGUUCCGGCCAGUGCGCGAGGAGGUGGCAUCCCGAAUGGUGGAAGCCAUCUCAUCAUCCACCACCACCACCACAGCCUCCCCACUCGUCGACGUCGGUAUGCUGGUCUCCAUGUACGUAGCGGAUGCGUCGGUACACGCCGUCUUGGGAAGGCGGCUCAAGGACCAGGACGCCUUUCUGCACAGGCUGGACCAGGUUGUCCAGUUGGCUGGAAGACUGACGCCCCGAGACUUGUUCCCGACAUCGACCCUUGUUCGUGUUCUGAGCCGCCGGGCGAUUCGCGAGAUUGAAGCAUGCCAGCAGUCCCUGUUCACCUUCAUGGACGGAGUGAUUCGUGAGCACCUGGAGAGAAAGUCACAUGGAGAAGAAGAAGAAGAACAGGAGAAUAUGAUUGACGUUCUCCUCCGGAUCCAGCAGGAAGGAAACCUUCAGUUCCCUCUCACCACGAGGACCAUCGAAGCAGUGAUAUUUGAUCUUAUGGGAGCGGGUGUCGAAAGCGGAUCAACAACACUGCACUGGGCGAUGGCUGAGCUGAUGAGGCAUCCAGCGAUCAUGUCCAAGGCACAGGCUGAGAUCAGGGGAGUCUUCAUGGGGCAAAACAAGGUAACCGAAGAGCGACUCCGACUAGGGGAGCUGUCUUAUCUUGAGCUCAUCAUCAAGGAGACCCUGCGGCUGCAUCCUCCGGGGCCAUUGAUGAUCCCAAGGGAAUGCCAAGAACAGUGUCGGGUACUCGGCUACGACGUGCCCAAGGGCGCUGUGGUGCUGGUGAACGUCUGGGCUAUCGGUAGGGACCCAGACAACUGGGAGGAGCCAGACGCGUUCAAUCCUGACAGGUUUCUGGGCGACGCGAGGGAUUUCAAGGGCAGCGACUUCGACUUGUUGCCAUUUGGCGCCGGGAGGAGGGUUUGCCCGGGGAUGGCGUUUGGGCUGGCCAGCAUGGAGCUCGCUCUGGCCAACUUGCUCUUCCACUUUGACUGGAGCCUGCCGGAGGGCGUCGGCCCUAGCGAACUGGACAUGACUGAGACCAUGGGAAUUACUGCUCGAAGGAAAGCAGACCUACUGUUGUCUGCUACUCCGCGUGUCCCACACCCGUGUUAAUUACCCCCUGGCCUGGGUCAUUUGUAUUUCCCUGUUUUUUUUUUCUAUAUCUCUCUUACCACAGAGCAUACAUACUCAGGUUAGGUAUGCUCCCAUGCAGGACAAAACAAACAUCCAAGAAUAAUGUACUGCAACGCCGUAUUUCUUCUUUUUGUCUGGGAACAUCAGAUGAGAAUAUUCUCUCGUAGUUUUGUAUGUGUUGAGUUUGUGAUCCAAAUUAUGUAUAUGUACGUCGUGUUAGCGAGCGGAGCCGAGACCCACAUCAGGAGGCUUGGAUCGUCGUCUAUGGAUGG